AAGGUGCAAGCCGAAAACGGUCACACUGAGAAAAGUGCAUCAUUUAAUUUCCAGCCUUUUCCGAUGAAAAUGGACGCCGACAGCAGUGGAACCGAGCAUCGAGAUUCCCGUGGCUCAAGGUCGCGAUCCUGGCGAGAAAGAGAACACCAUGGCCGAACUAGAGAGAGGGAUAGCAGAAAGAAGGAGCACAAGAUUCCGUACUUUGCGGACGAGGUUCGAGAACAGGAUCGGAUAAGAAGGCUGCGCCAAAGAGCGCACCAAUCCACCAGACGCACUCGCUCCAGAUCCAGAUCCCAGUCGUCCGACCGUGGGAGCAGGCACAGAAGGCAUCGUCAGCGCUCUAGGAGCCGCAAUCGUAGCCGAAGUCGCAGCAGUGAACGAAGACGCCGUCAAAGGAGCCCGCAUCGGUACAAUCCACCGCCAAAGAUCAUCAACUACUAUGUGCAAGUGCCACCACAGGAUUUCUACGGGAUGUCUGGCAUGCAGCAAAGUUUUGGAUACCAACGGCUACCACGUCCUCCGCCGUUUCCACCGGCCCCCUUCAGAUAUCACCAGCGACAGCCGUUCAUGGGAGCUCCGCGAUUUGGCUACAGAAACGCGGGGCGCCCCCCAUAUUGAACAUACGCCAUUCGACAUAAUUACAAAUUUAUUUACAUUCGUGUGUUUUGUACAUUAAAAUAAUAAAUACAUAUAUAUUUCAAACUAAAAA